AUGGCGAAUAUUAAAGUAAGCGGCCAACAGCAGCAGCGGCAGAUGGAGCGAGACAGCCGAGACGCAGACGGAUCGAUAGCCGCGACGUCUUCCACACAAGGCGAAGCGGAGAUGAAGCCCGAUGGCGAUGAGACGUCAAUGCCUUCGAAAUCGCCGGAUGACAAGAAAUCGGAGCCGAAGAGUCCCGAUGUGGUCGUCGAUGACGAAUCGCGAGGUCCAUCGUCGAAUUUGAGCGACGACGAGCGCAACCAAUCCGAAGAGGCGCACGAGACGCCGACGCUGUCACGUUUGAGCGGCUAUCGCGACGAGGACCUGAUCGCUGGCCUCGCCAGCUGGGAAUGGGUCACCAUCGACGGCCUUCAACUGCCGGCGGUGUCGCGCAACCGCGAGCGCUACGUCGCCGUGCACAUGGUGCAGCUCAAGUUGCUCAGCAAAUUUCCGUCCGACAUUCCGCCGGAGAUCCUCCAGAAGUACACGAUGCACUCGCACAAAAUGACCACCAUCGAGGCGUGGACGUUCAACGCGAUGAACGCGACGAUCCGCAAGUUCGAUCUCGGCUGCCAGCUGUUCACCGACGAUGAUGAGCUCGUCAAACUCAACGAUGUUCAAAUGUUCUAUUGGAACGUCAAGUUGAUCAAUUUGCAUCGAAUCAGCAAACAGUAUGAGAACACCAUCGCAAUGGCGGAGGGCAACACCAAUUUGUUGGCGACGGUUAUGAUAUUGAAGGCGCAAGUCGAGAAUGAUAUUGAGGCAGUCAAAAGCGAACUAGAAAAGAAGCAGACAAUUCAUCACCCAAGCGGCGAAACCUCGCCAAUUUCCAUCAAACCGCUUCUCAUCUCAACAAAAUAA